GGCAGUAUAUACCGCUAGUAGUAGCUUAUUGAAUACAAAUCCGACGCCACACGUGGGCUCUCUUUUGGCACCGCGUGCUCGCAGCCAUGGCGGAUUUGGCGAGCGAGGUCUCAUCUUUGGUGCUUUCACACCUUUCCCAGGUGGAUCCCGGAUUAGCGAAGCAGUAUAAAUCAAAAAGAAAAUCACUUCCACUGGAUGAUUCUGCUCCAACACUUGAUGCAGUUGUGAAGUUUUACAAAACGAAAUCACCUAAUGUCAGUAUCAUCAAAACACCGAAGAAGGCACAAGUGAACGGAAAAGCCAAAGCAGGUAAAAAACAAGAAUCGAGUUCAGAAGACUCUGAAUCUGACAGUGAUGACGAGCCCGUGCCUCCUCCGUCGGCUAAGAAGACCCCCGUGAAGCCCAUUGCUGCAAAGCCGGCCUCGUCAGAUGAGUCGUCAGACGAUUCGAGUGACGAAGAACCAGCUAAGAAAAUCGUAUUGGCUUCUCCGAAGAAAGUCGCAGCCACUCCAGCAAAGAAAGAUGAGUCUUCUGAUGAAGAGUCGAGCAGCGAAGAUGAAGCCCCCAAGAAGGCUGCUACUCCAGCAAAGCCGACGCCGGCGAAGCCAGCAGCAAAGAAAAAGGAGAGCUCUUCUGAGGACUCUAGCAGCGAGGAUGACGAACCUCCGGCAAAAAAGAUUGUGCAACCGGCAAAACCGAAAGUGGCAGCAAAACAAGAGUCAUCAGAGGAGGAUUCAAGCAGUGAUGAAGACGAGCCACCCAAGAAGGUGGUGGCAACACCUGCCAAGGCGCCCGCCGCAAAGAUCGCUCCCAAGAAGGCAUCUUCAUCAGAAGAGGACUCCAGUAGUGAGGACGAGACUCCUCCCGCGAAGGUGGCUCCGGCAAAGGUAACGCCCGCAAAGCCUGUUGCGAAGAAGGCAGAGUCCUCAUCUGAAGAGGACAGCAGCGAAGAGGAGGGUCCACCGAAAGCAGUGCCGCCUAAAGCAACACCAGCAAAAGCACCCGCCAAGAAACCCGAGUCGUCUUCGGACGAGGACAGCAGCGAUGAAGAGGACGAGCCCGUCAAAAAGGUGGUGCCGACCCCUGCUAAGGCUAAGGCAGCUCCCAGUAAGCCAGUCGCAAAGAAGGACGAGUCGUCAUCGGAGGAGUCCAGUAGUGAGGAAGACGAACCUCCGAAGAAGGUAGCACCUGCAAAACCGACCCCGGCAAAGGUAGUGGCAAAGAAGGACGAAUCGUCGUCAGAAGAAGACUCCAGUGAGGAUGAGGCUCCCAAGAAGGUUGUACCUGCAAAACCAACUCCAGCAAAGGCAGCACCGGUUAAAAAGGAAUCAUCGUCGGAGGACUCUAGCAGCGAGGACGAGGCUCCCAAAAAGCCCGCCGUCAAGGCCACCCCCGUCAAGCCCGCUGCGAAGGCGGAAUCAUCGUCAGAGGAAGACAGCAGUGAAGAUGAGGCGCCCAAGAAGGUGACGCCCGUAGCCAAGUCGACGCCUGCUAAACCGGCAGCUAAGAAGGCAGAAUCGUCAUCUGAGGAGGACUCGAGCAGUGACGAGGAGCCGAAGAAGGCAGUUCCCGCCGUCAAGACGCCUGCCAAGGCCGCGGCGAAGAAGCGCGAGUCGUCCUCGUCAGAAGACAGCGAUGACGACGAGCCUGCGCCGAAGAAGGCGGCGGUGACGAAGGCGCCGACGGCCGCGGCGGCCGAGGACAGUUCUUCUGAUGAGGACAGUGAGGACGACGAGCCGCCGAAGAAGGUGGUGCCGGUGGCUGCCAAGCACGCCAUGUCCGAGUCAGACGACAGCGACGACUCCGAUGAAGAAGAGGGGCCGAAACCGAAGAAGAAGAAGGCGAAACUGGAGAACGGCGACAGCGGGGUGGAGGAUGACGUCACCGUCCGCAAACAGGACGCUGACGAGGAGGAAGAGGAAGACGACGAGACGGUCGAAUUCGAUACUCGUCCGCCGCGCGCCGGCCUCGGAUACGGCAACGGCGGUGGCGGAUUCCGGGGUCGCGGUGGCGGAGACCGAGGCGGAUUCAGGGGCCGGGGCAGCGAUAGGGGUGGUUUCAGGGGCCGUGGCGGCGGUGACAGAGGAGGUUUCAGGGGCCGUGGCGGCGGCGACCGAGGCGGUUUCAGGGGUCGUGGCGGCGGCGACCGAGGCGGGUUCCGGGGUCGCGGCGGAGACAGAGGCGGGUUCCGGGGGCGCGGCGGCGGCGACCGAGGCGGGUUCCGGGGUCGUGGCGGCGGCGGCGACCGAGGCGGGUUCCGGGGUCGCGCCGGAUCCCGCGGAGGCACCGAUAAGAACGGGUUCGCGGCGCGCGGUAAGGGCGUGAGGACGACGUUCGACUAGCGUGUUGGUCGCGCCGGCCCGACUGUGUGUGUCGGUAUGUCGACUGUAUGUCGGUGUGUGUGUGGUGUUGGUGGCGGAGGGCGGGCCGCGCGGACGCGCAGUGACGGCUCUGCUCUCUUCCAGUCGGGUGCCGUCGGAUCCUGGGGCGAGCGGGCCAACCGAGACCUCAAGUUCACCCGCGGAAAGGGAUUCCGGCAUGAGAAGACAAAGAAGAAACGCGGGAGCUACAGUGGUGGACAGAUAGACACAACUGUUCAUUCGAUCAAGUUCACGUGAGAGCCGCCCCGCCCCCGCCCCGCCCCGCCUCGCCUGGGCCCCAUGUACCGGCUGAGGCCCACUGAACUGCCCAGGGACCCGGUGUCGGGUCAGCGGUCGAUCUGUGUCGAGCUGCCGAGCGUGCACCGGUGUCCGGCCGCCGCCCCAAGUGUUAUGGGAUUCUAUGUCUAUUUUGAGAGUGUUUGGUACUAGCCGAGCGUUUCACGGCAUGUUUCAUUUGUGCGACUGCCGCCAGACUGACUGGCUGUCGAGCUCAUGUGCGCUGUCAUUCAUCCGCGAAUAUAGGUGGCGCCCGACCAGGGUGCCGCACACCGUUA